AUGUCUAACAGCACAACAAGUUCUUCAGACUCCGAGAUUGACGAUUGCGUGACCCCUCUUCCAAAACCUUGUGCAUCUACACGGAAAAGGCCCCGAUCUUCCCUCGAUUUUUUCGAUUUAUUAAUAUGUCCGAUUUGCUUUGACUAUUUCAAGCCUCCUGUAGUAAAUUGCAUAAAAGGUCACUCCUUUUGUUUAGCUUGUGUGGAUAGAAUAGAACGACUUGCGAAUGAUUCAAAAUGUCCUCUGUGCCGAGGAGCUAUAAGCAAAACUUCAAGAAAUCGGAUACUUGAAGAUGAAUUAGAAAAAGUCACAGUUGGGUGUAUUUGGCAUAGCCAAGGAUGCAAAAAAAGAAUCUCACUCAGUGCAAGGCAAAGUCAUGAGGCAGAAUGUGAAUAUUGCCCUGAAAGCGUUAUAGGAAAAAAUAAAAUUUAAUUUUUUUUCAAAAAAUAAUAAAAUUAAAAAAAAAUUUUAAAAGUCUCGUUAUUUGCUAUUUUUCUGAAGAUUCAGGUCCUCAGGUCUGCAAAUGGAAAGGAAACCCUUUGCUUCUUCCAAAUCACUUGAAUUCUUCACACGGACUUGAGCCGAUCGAAAGAGCCAAGCUUGUGAAAUUCUUAUGAAAUCCUCCAAGGCCUGACAUUAAUCGAUCAAGACAUAGAAUAUUACGAAUUACUUAUCCUUCUUCUGGAAAUGAAAAAACGAAUUUCAUAUUGGAGCACGUUUACCUUUCUGAGCACAAAAUUCUAUUAUUCUUACCCCUUUUUAUUUAAUUUAUUAUUUUUCUAUUGGAAUUAUUCUUAAUUUCUAUUAAAAUAAAGCAUUGGCUGAGCAAUGCAAAAAAAUAAUUAUUUACUUUAGAAUAAUUAGAACUCUAAACUCAGAUGUAAAAUUACCUUACAAAAUCUGCUUAUUAAAUCGAAAUGAUGAAAAUAAUAAACUGACAUUUGAAGCAAAAACCGUUGAUUUUAGCGAAUGUGGGUUUCUAAACCAAUACCCAGAAAUCGAUAAAAAGCAGUGUUUUAUUGUAAAUUAUGACACACUAAUAGACUACUGUUUCACAAACCAAGAUGACGGUCUAACUUAUUUUUCAUUCCACAUUGACUUUAUAGGAGCAGGAAUAGAAGGAGUUGACUAUUAA